AUGCAGACUAGGUCUGAUAAACUGUCACAGUGUAAAACAUGUGGCAAUAAAAAGAGAAAGUCGGCCAUAGAGCCCGGUGUAAACACAACCGUCACUGUUAAACCGUCUAAACAAAGACGUGUCACGAAAAAAUCAACAGGAAAUGAUACCUGUUUAGACAUAAACAAAUUAAAAUCUGCACUAGGGAUUGAUACUAUGUUGCAAUCAAUUUCUACUCUUUCUGAAUCUAUUAAGAAAAUUUCAGAUGUACAUGUACGUCAAAAUUGGCAAAGUAUGGCACCCAAUACGGGAAAUGACACAGUUACUGCUAGUCUGCCCAGUGCAACUGUUUCUAGGCCAAUAUUAUGUCUAGAUCAGGGUGAAUCAAAUUUUUUUGACAAUUCAGAGACUUUGAACGAUUUAAAUUUGAGCUAUUUGGAUACUCCCCCUAGUCCUUCAUUGCCUGGAGUAGAUCCUCAAGUUGCUUUUCAAAAUGCUUUUGAGUCAGUUGAUAUUGAGAAGUCUUUAGAUGAUGAUUCGCUGUGGAAUAUUCCACAGCUAAUUCCAGAUGAGGUUACCGGCCCUAAAAUUGGGUCUGGUCUAGCCAAAGCAGUCAACGCUGCUCUCUCUGUAAAAUCUUCAAAAGAAACCAUGAAUAACAUUGGUAAAAAAUAUAAUAGACCAGAAAAUUGUACUGUGUUGAAAGUCCCACGGGUAAACAAGGAAAUAUGGGAUGUUCUGGGAAAACAAGCUCAUUCUUCUGAUUUGUCUUUUCAAGAGAUACAGAAGUCUCUGGCCCAGGGUUUAGUACAUAUUGUCAAUUUAGCAGAUCAAUUAGCAAAUCAUAAAGAAAUCGACAAUCAAAAAACAAAAGCCAUGUUAUCUGAUUCAAUAAGUCUUCUUGGUUAUGGGUUUUACAAUUUGUCAAUGAAAAGACGACAUGAGAUCAGAAAUCACUUGAAUCCUAGGUACAGGAAGAUAUGUAGUUCUGAUGUCCCUAUUUCUGAAAAUCUGUUUGGUGACAAUUGUAUGACAAAACUUAAAGACAUGGGUGACAUAAAUAAGUAUCAUCUUAGCUCCAACAGGGGGCAAGUUGGAAACUACUCUGCAUACAGAAACAGAGCUCCUUUAAACUACAGGGGUGCUGCUGGAAAUUUCCAGCAGCACAACCAAACAUAUCAGUACAGUCAAAGUUACACGUAUCCAAACAGAUGGUACCAAUACAGACCUCGAGGAGGCCAGAGCUACAAGAGAGGAGGAUAG